UUGCGGCUUCAACGAGUUUUAACAUUUUGAUGACGAAAUUUUGGCACUGGGCACUCCCGCGCUAAGGCGCUGAUUAUUGCAGAGAGGAGAUGGAUACCGGUUCUCAUUGAACGUUGAAGUUGAAAAGAAGUCGCAAAUUUGAAAAUGGAGUCCAGCGGCGAACCUUCGCUCCCUUCCGCUCCGGAUUGGGACCGACCCAUCACUCAAGCAGAACUGGACGCCAUCGAAGCGGCAUUCACGCACGCGGCUACUUCGUCUUCUACCAAGCGGAGAAGAUCUUCUUCUCCCGGUGCCGUUGAGGUUCACUCCGACGGCCGGCGCUUGCCCAGUUCACUGGGUCGAUGUCAGAAAAUCCCUUCCCUCGAUCGGUCCGAAGUGGAAAAUUGUUCUAGCACCGGUGGAGAUUCAUUUGUUCCCAGAAUUGGGCAGUGGAACCCUGUUUAUUCUCCUUACCAAGCAAAGGCGAGAUACCCCACAAUGAAUUUUGGAGGUCGUAUUGCUUACAGCAGAACUCUUCUUGAGGUGGAGAAAGCCACAAUGGAGCUUUUGGAGAUCAUUGAAACUAAGAAGAAAAAUGUGGACCAAGUUCCUCUUGGAUUUGACAUUGAGUGGAGGCCCAUUUUCAGAAGAGGAUAUGCUCAACGUAAGGCAGCAGUUAUUCAGAUAUGUGGCGACAGUAGUAAUUGUUAUGUAAUGCACAUUAUUCAUUCUGGAAUCCCUCCCAUUUUACGGACACUUCUGGAGGAUUUAACAUCUUUGAAGGUUGGAAUUUGUAUAGCCAACGAUGCUAACAAGAUCUUCAAUGAUUAUAAUGUACGUGUUAAACCCGUGGAGGAUUUGUCCAGUCUUGCAAAUUCGAAGGUUGGUGGUUCUAGGAAAUGGAGUCUUUCUUCUCUAACUGAAAUGCUUACGUGCAAACAGCUUGAGAAGCCGGACAAAAUUAGACUAGGAGACUGGGAAGCUAAUAUCCUAUCAAGGGAGCAACUCCAAUAUGCAGCAACCGAUGCUUUUGUUUCGUGGUACUUAUAUCAGGUGCUGCAGAAUUUCCCAGAUGCAUCUGAAAGUAAAAGUGGCUAGGUGAUGAGUGUCAUCAUCAAUGUCAUUAUUCUGUUGUGAUCAUUAUCUCCAUUAGUGGGCCCUUAAUGCAGCUAUGACAGAUGUGUUACAUUGACUCUUUCCAGAUGGAUGAUUUGUCCACGUUGGACAAGCAUUGGGUUCCCCACUAAAUUUACUUUCAUUCUUGUCCUUUUUUUCUUUCUCCCCUCCCCCUUGUCUUUUUAGCAUAAGCCAUAAAGUCAACAUUUAGUACACUGAGAUGGACAUAAUUGUAUUUUAUAGGAAGUUUCAAUAAGAUAUAUUAUGUUAUUUAUGCCCAUUUCAUCAGGUGUACAAGUGAUAUUGUAAAGAUAACAAGAAGAUUAGCAGGCCCUGUGCAAGGAUAAAGCAUGAAAUAUUAUCUGCAGAUGAGGCAUUUGAUAAAUGUAUUUUUGAAGGUUCGCCAA